CAAAGGCUUCCCCAAGCGCGCAGCUCCGCCAGGUAGGGGAGGGAAAGCGGAACCGACCGGCCGCCGAACUGCUCCUCCCAUACCUGAGGAGGGAGCGGCCGCCCAGCCCCGCCUGGCCGGGCAGCAGGGCUGUUUCUUUCCCCCUCGCUCCGCGCACCUUCCGCCUCCCUUCCUCCCUCGCUCCCUCUCCGGGCAUUUCGUCUCCAACUUCAGCCGCGGCGCGCCGAGGCAGGCCGGGCAAAGGUCGCGCCUCCCUCCCCGUUCCCGCUCCGGCCGCUGCUCGCCAUGUGGCCCGAGCCCUCCCCGUAAGCCCCCGCUGGACUUUCGCCGCCGCUCCGGACUUUGGGAUUUUUGCAGGCGGCUGCGCGUGUGGAUGCGUCGCGGACGCGCCGCCGGCUUCGCUUUGCGCCAUCAGGCUUCCCGGGCGAGGAGAUGUCGGUGACGGAGCUGUAUAGCAGGUACACGAGAGUCUGGAUUCCUGACCCGGAGGAAGUCUGGAAAUCAGCAGAAAUCAUCAAAGAUUACAAGGAGGGGGAUAAAACUCUGCACCUGAAACUUGAAGAUGAAACGCUUCUGGAAUAUCCCAUUGAUGCUAAAGCCAACAAGUUUCCUUUCUUGCGAAAUCCAGAUAUUUUGGUUGGAGAAAACGACCUGACAGCUUUAAGUUACCUCCACGAACCUGCAGUCUUGCACAACUUAAAAGUCCGAUUCUUGGAAUCAAACCACAUCUACACCUACUGUGGUAUUGUGCUUGUUGCCAUCAAUCCCUACGAACAGUUGCCAAUCUAUGGACAAGAUGUCAUCUAUGCAUACAGCGGCCAAAACAUGGGGGACAUGGAUCCUCACAUAUUUGCAGUUGCAGAAGAAGCAUAUAAACAGAUGGCCAGGUGAGUGGAAUAAUUGCCCACUCCAGCUCCAGACAGACUUGUGCCCUAAAACCAAAGCUAUCCCAUAUUCAUGUAAGAAAG